AUGGCGAUACCAGCGGAUUCCCCAGCCGAGCGUCACAUCGUGCAUCACAAAUCACUUUUGUCCGCCGUCACCGAAACCGACGAACCCGAAGAGUCUCAAGACAAACCUGAGCCCGAGCCCGAGCCCCCGUCCAAGUCGCAACCCGAGCACCGCCCCCAGCUUCAAUUCAGCACCAUGGCUCAUAACGAAGCCGCCUUCAUCAUGGAUGUCAAGCGAUCCGAGGGCGUGCAUGUUGAGAUGUACAGCAAGAUCGAGGGAUUCCCUGUGGGCGGCUGGGCCAAUUAA